GUGUCUCAGGUUGGUGUAAGCCAUCCGUCUCGAAAGAAGAACGCAUCAUGGAGCAAGAAUUGCUUUCAAACAUGAUCCAGGUCAGUAGAGGAGAAACUCGGACUUCUCUCAACAGCACUUCCGAUCUUGCCUUCGUCAAUCGCCUCCCCACAGAGAUGCUGGCCAAGAUAUUCGUCGCGUUCCUUUCCCAUCAGCCACCACCCUACUAUCUCGGGCGAUCCUACGGAAUAUCCAAGGAUUGCCACUCCUGGUCGCUAGUCGUCGCCUCUGUAUGCAGGUAUUGGAGGGAUGUUGCGCUCAAAACAUCGCAGUUAUGGCGUCGAAUCUAUCUGACAGGGGACGAAGACCGGGCACAGCUCCGCAUCCAGCAGGCGCUCAGGGCCAAAAGCCUCCCGGUUCACCUGACGAUUGAGCUGGAAGAUGAUGAGCAGCCGACUACAACCCAUCCAUCCUUCCAAACUCUGGAGCACACUGUUAAGAUCUUUGACCUGUGCUUUUCCGGCGAUGUAUUCAGCUCCGAGCCACCUAUCAAAAACGCCACCGCAUGGCUUGAGAGGUUCACGAGUCUGGAACGCCUCUACAUCGGCGAUAUCCGCUUCAGUACGAGAUCACCAUCGCCACUCUGGGAUCGAUUGACGCACUUGCACGUCCAGACUAGCAGCAAUGCCGAAGCCCAGAACGUCCUCCACCUACCUGAUUUCCCCAAGCUCAUAUCUCUCAUCGUAGAAUGUAACUCGGAUUACGGUGUGCAACUUGACCUUCCUACGCUCUUUAGCAACGCACCAAACCUCAUAGAACUCAUUCUGCGCAUUGGCAACCUCGCCGCCGACGGGGAGGCAACCCAUGAGCGCUUGGAGCGCGUCAGCGUGUACGAUUUCAACACAGUGCAUCAGGAAAGUGACACGUUACUUUCCCGACAUUUUCGGAAGCGAAGCGAACAUUUCCUUAAUUUCCGGUACUUUGCCGUCCUUGUCGCUCGGGCCUCCCCCACGUAAAUACAAAAGCUCAGUGAAAGACUAUAAUCUACUAUAAAUGUUGGGAAAUGACGGAGAGUGGUGCAAACACGAGAACAGACGGUCGGCUAUUACAGAUGUUCGGCACUAUUUGUAGUUUGGACCCAGUGGGUCCAACUCACCGCACCGUGUAGCGCAGACUUUGUCGCGAUCCGUAUACUGAGCACGAGAUUGAUAUCACAAUGUCAUUAAG